ACAUUAUUACCAAACCAAGCAGACACAUCCACAAUUAACAUAUUUUUUGAGCUACUAUGUAAUUCUACUCCCUUAGAAAAUUUUAAAAGCACUUUUUACUCCAUCAACGUUACUAUCUAGCGACCUUGUAAAAAAAGUGCUUUCGCUUUUUCAGAAAGUAAUUCUUUUUAAGAGUGUAAUAAUUUCUUACCGAAGGGUGGUAAAUUUUCAGAAACUAAAUCUUGCCCAGAUCCCAUUGUUACGGCAAGGGUAAUAUAAGAGUUAUCUUUUAGAGACAAGCAAUUACUAAAAUUGUUACAUCGCGGUAGAAUCACAUAGUACCUCCUUACUUCAUGAGUAGCAAUAUAAUUCCCCAAUUAAAUAUUUUCAGUACACAAGAAACCAAGUCAAAAAUGAAGUCCCUAUUUUUUAUGUUUUGCAUUGUCUUAUCCUCCACCAUGUCAGAAGGCGCUGUUCGUCGAGUACAAAUCUUCAAUGCGCAGUAUGGCGGCAGGGUGCUCUCACUUGCAAAUGGAAAAGCCCAUGAGGGAAAUCAUCUGAUCUUUUGGUAUGGCAGAGACCCAUGGUAUAUUUUUCAGAUUGAAUGGGAUUUUGCUCGAGCCUGUGGAACAACAAUUGUUCCGAUCUUUCAGGAGAACGGGGGAUGCAGGGACCGGGUGGUUACUGCCGGAAUAAAUGCGUGGAACAUACAUUCAAUGACGAACAAUAAAGUGACACUACCAGGACUGGCUAAACAAUUGUGGGUCUUCGUACCCGUGUCAAACAACCUUUACAUGAUUAUUGACAAAACGUCGGGAAAGUGUUUGGAACACGUUGAGAACCGGAACGCUGCCGCGAAUGGUGCCAACCUAAGUAAUUGCAACAAGUCAAGCGUUCAACAGUUAUUCCAGAUUCGGGAUAUUUAAAUUAUCACAUUACAACAUAUAACACUAUUAAUUUAGUUGAGCAUUGACAGCAUUUCAAUUGAUUAGAUUUCAUAAAUAAUUUAUGAUAAAUUAGUUUGAUUGGUUAACACAUGACACUAUUUAGUUAUAAGUAAUUCGAUACUUGUUAAACUCUCUUGAAAAAAUAAUAAAGUAGGAGGUUGGACAUAAAGACUUGGUCUGAAAUUUGGUAUUCCGCCAAACUCUAGCAGACUUUGUCAAUAUGAGCCAUUUCUGUUUUACUAUUGUUUCCCACCAA